AUGGAGAUUAGUUCAGAACAUUCUGCGCCGAGGAGGAUAAAGCAUAAGCCGUUUCAUAAGUGGUCGCCAAGUGUACUGAUCGAAGCUUUAAAGGACAAGUUUGCAACUCAGUCUAAUUCGGUGCGAAGGGCGUUCCGAGAAGUUGCCCAGCCCGGGUGCACCCCGGUGCAAUAGUUCAUUUCGUUUCACAAGCAGUAGCGGCCCCUGUUAAUGCAGGCAAGAUCGAAUUACAAAGCCGCAAAUUCGUCGUCUUUUGCACAACUUGAAUCUCGUGGGAGUGGGCCCGAAAGUUUUGACAGAAGUGUUCAAUACAAUAGAUGUUGAUAGAAAUGGGUCAAUCGACUAUCGAGAGUUCAAGGACGCGUUCGGAGAAGGCAUCUGUGGUGGUGGAUAUGAGGGGAUGGAUGUUUUCCAUGGCGAAAAGUCUCAUAUUGAAAAUAUUAAAAACCGCUGUCUACGCAACAGCCCACGGAAUAUGAAGUUGGAAACUGCAAUCACAGAAUUGCGCACUCGAAUGGCAACUCAGCACACGAAGGUCAAGACAGCAUUUCGAGCACUUGAUCGAGACAGCUCUGGCAAGUUGGAGAAGGGAGAACUUCUAUUGCUGCUGAAAAAUUAUCACAUUAAAUUACGCGACGCGGAUGUAGAUAAACUAAUUGCACGUAUUGACACGGAUAAUUCUGGGAAAGUAUCUUAUCGAGAAUUCAACAAUUUUUUCGGAUCAGAUAUAGCGGGUAGCGCCUUUGGCAACAGCACGGCGAUGAAUUCGGGAUUGGGGAGGAUAGAGGAUAAAUGCUGUUUUGAACGAAAUGAACAAUUAUACAAGAAAAAUAGCUACCAGCGCCACCAGAAUUGGACCACAACUGACUUCAUGAAUGCCAUGGAGUCAAUCCUAAUGACUCGAGCUCGUACUGUACGACGUAUCUUUCGAAUAGCAGACGUGGACAAAUCUGGCUGUAUCGAUGCAAAAGAAUGGCACAAUGCCCUCAGCCAAAUGAACCUUGAAAUGUCUCAUGAGAAGGCGAAGCAAUUCUUUGAUGCCCUGGACAAGAAUGGUGAUGGCCUUAUAAAUUAUCGCGAAUUUGUUGCCGCUUUCGGAGACAUCGUUGCAGGAUUUCGUGAUACUGGGAUUAUUUCUAGCGCCAGCCCGCGACUAAAGCAACAAGUCGAGUUCGGAAAUUCCAUGUGCCAGCCACGGCUUGAGUCGAAGAUGCCUCGAUACACAGUAAGUCAGAUUAGGGAGGUAGUUGCCAGACGCUUGGGUGGUAAAUAUACUUCGGCAUGCUCUGCUUUUCGCAACCUAGAUUUAGACAAGGACAGUUCCCUCGACAAAGAGGAGUUCAGGCAUUUUAUCAAAUCGCUGAAUAUUGAACUUCAUGAUGAAGACUAUGAAAUGCUAUACUGUGAGCUAGACCGUGACAAGAAUGGUAGUAUCGACUAUAAAGAAUUUUUGUUUUGGUUUGGAGAGGCCAUCUGCGGUGCACCUUGGCAAGCAAAUCAAUCGACAGGCCUUUGCACGCGUGGUAUCCCUCACACUGCUAAUCGAAUACCCGAACCAUGGCUUUUAUCCAGCGAGGAAGCUCUACGACUAUUGCAUAUCAAGCUCACUGAGACAUCAACCUCGGUCAACAAGGUUUUCAAGCGAUAUAAUAAGGACCGUGCUAGUCAAUUAUGCAGGAAACAAUUCAAGAUGAUGUUUGACAACUACCAUCUGCAUGUUAAUGAUGACAUUGUCCGGGAGAUUGUAAAACACAUACAGCGGACUCAUGGCAAGUUCCCAGCGGAUGGCAAUGGUAUCACCUUCCCACUAUUUGUCAGGGAAUUUGGGAAAUCCAUAGCGGGCGGGGCCUAUGUUGGUGUCGUUGAUCACAAUUCUAAUUCAACAAGAAACUGCAGAGAUAUAAAGCCGACACCAAAAUGUACUGCAAAACAGGCACGCGCAUUGCUCAUAGACAAGCUUGUCACGAACUUCAAGCACAGUCGGGCAGCCUUCACUCGAUUAAAUAUUGCUAGUUGUCAUGCCAUGAGCAGAGGAGAACUCCGAAAUGCUUUAACCUGCUAUCACAUCCACCUCGACGACGAUGCGUUUGGUGAGUUUGUACAGGAAUUUGACAAAGACAAUAAUGGAGUCAUUGACUUCCGCGAGUUUCUCUCUGUUGUUGGCGCUGACGUCAGUGGGGCUUCAGACAAUGGCCUUAGUGUCACAAUGCAGGCAGCUGACGACCAACAAAAGGCAAGGUUGAGGAACCUGCACAAGCAACUAGCCCAUCAAAAUUACCAUAGCUCUGACUCGGAUACCGAUUCUAGCGAGCACCAACAAAACUCUCCCCACGAAGCAAAAAAUGAUCAUGAGGUGAAGCUUAGUAAGGACAAUGAGACAUGCAAAGUUGCCAGAAAAAGGUGCCAGCUAGAUUUAGCUAAGUCUCGGCAAAACAAGUGUCCGCCAUUGCCAACUAUCUGGGAUCUAUCUGGCCUCAAGACCUCAGAUGCACGGCAGGUGCCAGUAGGUCACGCGGCUCUCCAUCGCAAACACUGGCGCAUCCCUCCUUCACGUCCUCUCCAGCGAGUGAUUUCAGGGCCUCUCAACAUGACCCAUUGUCGAAGGUGAGACAUUGGUAGAGCUUGAGCUCCGAGCUUCUGUGGUAUCUUACAUCUUGAUAUCCAGGAGCGCGCAAACAAUCACUUGUCCGAGGUGGCUGGCAAACACUUGUGCAAGGUCACUGGAGGUGACGUUGUUGAUGUGGUAUUCGUUUCCGACCUGGCGCAAAGCCACCGGCGAGCGCCAGUCAGCGGGCAGUUUGUGACGGUGCGCACCAAAAUUCAAGGGCCGGCAGGCUUGGCCGGCUGUGCAAUGGCCUCUCGAAGUACCUGCAGCUCGUUUCAAUUCCAGCCAAGUAACUGUGCCGGUCGCAACUUUGUUUUGAGGCCCACUCGACCCCUCACCACUGGACCUCUAGUGGCCUCCGAGAAAAAGACCUGGGCGACCUGUCAGGCUAGUCUAGCACCCAGUACGCGAGUCCCGAGUACUGAUCCGAUGUCAGCAGCCGUCCGUUCAGGUUUAAGACGACGCCCGAGUCCGGUUCAAAAUAAGGAACCCUGAAAUAAGGAGCCUUCCUUUAGGUCUCUACUUUAGGUCGUUGCUCUCAAGUAGCCUAGGCCAAGAGAGACUCGGAGUCUUGACCUUCUCAGGCUGGCCCGGGUUACGUGUGGAGCCUGAGCCUGAGCCUGAGAGGUGGAGGCGGCCCGGGACAGGGGGAGUGGAGAGGUCAGAAACCCACAAACCAUCAAUGACUCACGCUAGCGAACCCGAGCCAGCGAGCUAACGAAAAAAUUUAACACCCGUGACACUCUCACUCUUCACGGAUUUUUUUUUUCGGAGGUUGCGCAGUUGUUUCACUCCACAAGGGCCCUUAUUAUCUCCAGUGCAGAAAGAGGGAUGAGCGAUACACGACUAGAAUGUCGUUUCUACGAAGAGCCAUUUCCAGAGGUCGAAUCGCUCGUGAUGGUGAACGUGAGAAACAUUGCGGAAAUGGGCGCGUAUGUGACUCUACUUGAGUAUAACAACAUAGAAGGAAUGAUCUUGCUUAGCGAGUUGAGCCGACGCCGAAUCCGUAGCAUCAACAAGUUAAUCCGAGUAAACAGAAACGAGGUGGUA